AUGGCAUUAUCAUUAUCACAAAUCAAAGAAAAAUCCAACACCGACGAAGAAAUUCGGAAGGUUUACAAAAUGAUUUACUCAAACGAAUUCGAUGAAAAAACGAAACCCUUCCAAGCAUUCAUACCAGAGUUGUGUUUCUAUGACAACAUCCUUCUGAGAGGAACCAGAAUAGUGAUUCCUGCUGAUUUAAGACUUGCAGUUCUUCAAGCAGCCCACGAAGGCCAUCCCGGAAUAGUGGGAAUGAAGAACCGUUUACGUACUAAAGUUUGGUGGCCCAAAAUGGACACAGAUGCAGAGAAGUUCGUAAGAGCCUGUAAAGGGUGUACGUUGGUAUCUAUACCAAAUGCGCCCACCCCAAUGAAGCGACGUGAACUACCUACAGAAUCAUGGAUUGAUGUGGCGGUAGACUUCCUAGGCCCUCUACCGAGUGGCCAUUAUCUAUUUGUGGUCAUCGACUACUUUAGUCGUUAUAAAGAAAUAAAAGUUAUGAAGUCCAUAACAGCAUCUAAUACAGUUAGCUGCCUCAAAGAAAUCUUCUCUAGGCUAGGUUUCCCAGUUUCGAUUACAGCAGAUAAUGGGAAGCAAUUUAUUUGUGAGGAAAUCACACAAUUCUGUAAGGAUGCAGGAAUUAAGGUAUAUAACACGAUACCAUACUGGCCCCAGCAGAAUGGACAAGUCGAGCGACAGAAUAGAGACAUUUUAAAAAGGCUCAAAAUCAGUCGAAUACAGAAAACCGACUGGAAGCAGGACCUGUUGGAUUACCUAAUGAUGUAUAACGCAACACCACAUACAACAACAGGAAAACCACCAGCAGAACUUUUCUUUAGGAGGCAAUUCCGAGACAAAAUACCAGCAAUUCCAACUUUGAACAGUUCUAUCGUAGACGAAGAAACUCGAGACAAUGAUUUGAUGAACAAAUUUUGGGGCAAGAAAUACAGCGACGCCAAAAGAAAAGCAAAAGCGGAUGACAUCCGAAUAGGAGAUAAAGUUUACGUAAAAAAUACAGUAAAGGAAAAUAAGUUGGUACCAAAUUUCAACUCAACCCCUCAUACGGUGGUAAAGAAAAAUGGUAGUGACGUCCAAGUAGAAAACGACGAAACUGGCCAGCAAUACAGACGUAAUGUCGUCCAUUUAAAAAAGACAGAGGGGCAAUGGAAAGUAAUAAACACUGCAGGGGAUGAGGAAACUUCACUUGAGCAAAAUAAUGAACACCAUACUUAA